CAGCAUAGACGCUCCAAUUUGGGGCAUAUCCACAGCUGAGAAUGCAUAGAUCUUGUUCAAACGGUACAGAGUACAGAUUCCAGUGCAAAACCAGCAUGGUGUGUGUGUGUGUGUGUGUGUGUGUGUGUGUGUGUGUGUAGGACGGGAAAACUAGGACGGGAAAACGUGCAUCCUGCAAACCUGACAAGACAGAGGAAGAGAGUAAGAACGCACUGGCCAAUGCAAAGGCCGUAGGAAGAUUUGUAGGUUAGGCCUGUUUUGAGAGGACAAAACCAAGAUCCAACGCCAAGGUCUAGAAAACUGCCCCAAUUCACCUCCAUUGUACUUUCAAAGCCUUUAUGUUUCGCAAUCUUUGCUCCAUGUUGCACAUCCACAGCCUCAAACGCGCCUGGCUAGGCAGACUGUUAAGCCCUUAGAGCCACUUGAAGGGAGCAGCUCUGGCUCUGGGAAGGGCCAACACUCAGGAUGAGAUUGUUCUCAGUGAAACGGCCCAUCAUGUGCGUCUUCUUUGCAGGCUCAGCAACCAUGGCCCAUUACAAGGGCGAGCAGGACGACUGGCUGAUCGUCUAUCUGAAGUAUUUACUCUUUGUCUUCAACUUCUUCUUUUGGGUGGGGGGUGCAGCGGUCAUGGCUGUGGGUGUCUGGACCCUGGUGGAGAAGAGCGGCUACCUGAGCAUCCUGGCCUCCAGCACCUUCGCCACCUCUGCCUACAUCCUCAUCUUUGCAGGCACGCUCGUCAUGGUGACUGGCUUCCUGGGCUUCUGCGCCAUCAUUCGUGAGCAGAAGAGCUGCCUCUCCACAUAUUUCUGCCUGUUGCUUGUCAUCUUCCUCGUCGAGCUGGUGGCCGGAGUCCUGGCUCACAUGUACUAUCAGAAGCUAAGUGAUGAGCUGAAACAGCACUUGAACCGGACUCUGACCAACAACUACGGGCAGCCCAGAGCAACGGAGAUCACAACUUCGGUGGACCGUCUGCAGCAGGAUUUCAAGUGCUGCGGCAGUAACAGCUCGGCCGACUGGCAGCACAGUGCUUACAUCCUGUCUCGGGAAGCCGAGGGCCGCCGGGUGCCCGACAGCUGCUGCAAGACUGUGGUGGCACGCUGCGGCCAGCGGGCCCACCCCUCCAACAUCUACAAGGUGGAGGGAGGAUGCAUUACCAAGCUGGAGCAGUUCCUGGCCGACCACCUGCUCCUCAUGGGGGCAGUGGGCAUCGGGGUGGCCUGCCUGCAGAUCUGCGGGAUGGUGCUCACCUGCUGCUUGCACCGGAGACUCCAGCUGCAUUUUUACUAAUGGCCGCCCCCAUCCCCUGCUACUGCCCCUCCAAGGACAGAUGUCUCUCCCAGAUCUCUCUCCCAGGCCAGCAGAGCGGCAUCAGCUCUAAUAGGGAGGGCCCUAGACUCCACUAACUCUGUGCCCAGCCCCUGGGAACCCACAAAGUGCCUGAGACCACACACAGCCCCGCUGUUCCCACUCAGGCUGGGGACCCUUGGCCCCUCUCUCCACUGCUGAGCACUCAAUGUCAGAACCCCCGGGCCGGGAAUGGAGACUCUGCCAGAAGACGACAGCCAGAGCCCUGCCAGGCUCCCGUGGACUUAGAAGGUGAUAGCUGGCCUCUCUGCUCUCUCUGGCAGUACUUGGAAUCAAGGGCUGAACCCCUCAGUCCUUCUGGGACUCCUGCUUCCAGUGUUAGAUUUUCUUCUUAGGGGAGGCUGCCCCACCGGUGCGGAGGAGCCUUCACGCUAUCCACCUUUUCCGCAGGCUCUGCGAGCUUUGCUCUCCUCUCUGGGAAAUGUAUCAGGGCAGGGCACUUAGAACUGGCUCUUCUCCCAAAGUCCUAGCGGCUUUGAUCUGCCACCUUUGCCGAAAGCCCCCUCACCUAGAGAGCAGUGUCCUGACAGCCCUGUUCCUUCCUGGAUCUGGGAGUGGAGUCCCAAGGUGAGGCUGCCCAGGAGCUGGGGUUGGGCUGCAGGCUGGAGGGGUCUGCCAGGGCAGAUGGGCAGCAAACAGUGUGGGAGAGAGUUGGCUACCCCCUACCUGCUGCACUGGGAACAGAGCCCUGCCCUCCCGCCUCGAGGCUUUUCUUGGAAGGGUCCAACUGGGGGGUAUGGCCCCAAGCCCCAGCCUCCAGUGUAGCAGUACAGUAGAUUACUACCAUGUCCCCUGGGGAUCCACUGCUGCGUGGCCUCGUUCUCAGGAAUGCCAGAUUUUGAAACCAUCUUCAGCUCUUACAUGUUGAUGGGUGUAAAAAUCUCAAUGAGACCAAAUCACAGACCCUGAAAAGCUGGAGCCACAGGGGAGGUGAAGCUCUGAGAAGAGGGGCACUCUGUCCUGGAUCUCACUUUCCCAGGUCCUCUCAUCCUGACCACAUGGUCACCCACGCUGCCUCCUAGGGGGCCUCCUGUGCUCCUAUUCUCACCAGCUCCGGAGUGAAUGCGAUCCCUCCAAUUGGUUCUCUCUUGCACCACUGAAUUAGGCAGCGAAUUUUCAACCAUUUGCUCUCAGGUCAGUCCUGACUCUCGAUGACCCUGUGUUUAUCAAAGUAGAACUGUGCCCCACAGGGUUUUCAAUAGCUGAUUUUUCAGAAGUCCAUCACCAGGCCUUUCUUCCAAGGUGCCUCUGGGUGGACUCAGACCUUCAACCUUUCGGUUAGCAGCCAAGCACAUUAGCUGUUUGCACUACCCAAGGAAUCCUCUCACAUACUAAGGGAGAACAAAAGGAAAAUCCUUCUAGAAAAUAUAGUAUAGAUGCUGGCAGUUUUCUAGCGAACACGUAUCAACUCAUAAGACAACCUUCGGGCUCCUCCAGAUGUCUGUUAUGAGCGGGUUGCAAGCCCAUACCCAGCUUUCACACCUCCCAGGUCCUGGGAGACCCUGGCCUUGUCCUUCCCCCCACAUGAAAAGGCUAAGACCCUGGCCAAGAAAGGCCAAAGUUUGCUUCCCACUUGAUCCAGUUCACAGUCUGAUGAGCACAGUUCUUGUGACCUGGGUCAGUCCUGGGUGUCCUCUCCCGCCCCAGGUCACUCACUGCCUGUCCCCAGCAUAGGUGUGAACUGGGCGAAAACUGUGCAUCCUCAGAACAGGCAUUACCCACACGAACAGGAGGAAGGCCGGGCUCUCAGGGAGGAAAGCCUCCUCUACUCUGGGAAUUCCCUAAGGGCUUCUUAGAGCCUGGCCUGCUUUGUCUCCUCUGCUUGGAGAGGUUGCCAGUACAAAAGUCAUGAAGAAGGGAGACCAGCUCUCCCAGCGACCACAGACUGCACCAAGGCCAAAAGAAAUGGUUUUAUGGUUAUCUUUGCUACCCUCCAGCUUUCCGGGGUUCAUGCAGAUAAUCCGAAAAUGAGCGUGACUCCCAAGCUCCCUGAAGGGCUUGAUCAGACUGAGAAGUCUUGCAGAGUGAGGGCUGAAGAGAGAGCCAACUGCUGGGCUAGAGAACCUGUUCUUCCUGCCCAGGUGCCUCAAGGGGCUGUGGCCUAGGAGUGCUGUGGCCUUCACGGGUCUGCUCUGGUGGGUCCCUGAGUUCUUCACUGAGGUCAGCCAGGCUCGUGGAGAUGGGAGAGUGUGAUAGGCCAAAAAUCAAACUCUGAAAGAGUUCCUAGGAGAUGCAAACUGUUAAGCACUUGGCUACUGACCAAAAAAUUGGAGGUUCAAGUCCGUCCAGAGGCACCUCGGAAGAAAGGCCUGGUGAUCUACUUCGAAAGAUCACAGCCAUUGAAAACCCUAUGGAGUGCAGUUCUACUGUGAAACAUGGGGUUGCCAUGAGUUGGAAUUAACUAGGCGGUAACUAGAAGAAAUAAAAAUCUGCAGGCAUCGAUUUCACA